CCUCCUCGCAAACGCAAAACCCUCUCUCUCUCUCUCUCCAUCCACCUCCCAACCCUGCGACAAUGGCUUCCUCAACCUCAGCUCCCUCCAAGACCCGGAAGAAGAAGAGAGACAAGUACAAGUACAAGCUCAAGGACCUCAAGACCCUCGGCCACCAGCUCCUCUCCUCCCGCGCCCACGUCAACAACCUCCCCAUCCUCCUCACCUUCGUCUCCCCCGCCUCGCCGCCGCAGCACGCCCUCGAGUCGCUCCUCUCCCUGCAGUCCUUCUUCACUCCCCUGGCCCCCGACCUCCCUUCGUCCUCUGCUUCCGCCGCUGCUUCGGGCCUCAAGGAGGAGGAUGCCGCCAAGGCGGAUCCCGAGUUGAUUUACAGGACGUGGCUCCGGUCGAAGUUCGAUGAGUUCGUUCGGUCGCUCAUCGAGGUGGCGGUGUCGGCGCAGGCCGAGGAGACCCUCAAAGAAAUCGUGUCGGAUGCUAUAAUGGAAUUCGUGAAGAUGGGAAAAAGGGGUAGGUUUCAAUCAGCCAUUUACUACCAGCUUAUACAUAGCAUUGUCUAUUCUUCUGCAGAAGUUGAGUUUUUGUUGGAAUUGCUUUCGUCGAAGUACUUCAAGUACAUUGACAUUCGUUACUUUACGUACAUUACACUAGAAAAGCUUUCUAGGAAUUUGGAGUCUAAAGAUACGAGAGAUGACAGAAGUUUUGCUGAUGGCGGGGAUGGGAGAGAUUUGAAAGCUAGCAUCGAGCACUCAAUUAGUACGAUCCAUUACAUCAUAUCACAUGUCCCUCCUCUGAAUAGCCUGGAUGAAAAGUCUGAUUGUGAGAUGUGGAGUGGUUCAGGUGAUGGUAGUGGAACAUCCGAGUCUUUUAAACCAGAAGUUGAAAAGCCUAAAAGUGAAAAGCAUGACUCUUCUGUUCUGUCUGCCACCAAAGUAGCUAAGAAGAUAAAAUUGAAGUUCACUAAAUCAUGGAUUUCGUUUUUGAGGUUGCCACUUCCACUUGAUGUAUAUAAAGAGGUUCUGGUCUCUCUCCCUCAGGCAGUUAUUCCUCACCUGUCUAAUCCCAUCAUGUUAUGUGAUUUUUUAACGAGAUCGUACGACAUCGGUGGAGUUGUCAGUGUCAUGGCUCUCAGCAGUCUCUUCAUCCUCAUGACAGAACAUGGCUUAGAAUAUCCCAACUUCUAUGAAAAGCUUUAUGCCCUAUUGCAACCCUCCAUCUUCAUUGCAAAACACAGGGCGAGAUUUUUCGAACUGCUUGAUUCCUGCUUAAAAUCACCCCUCCUUCCAGCAUAUUUGGCUGCUGCUUUUGCUAAGAAGCUUAGUCGACUAGCACUUUCUGUGCCUCCAGCAGGGGCACUGGUUAUUGUUGCUCUUAUCCACAAUCUCUUGCGACGGCAUCCUUCAAUCAACUGUUUGGUGCACAGGGAAGAUAGUGAGUCCGAGGCCAAGGAUCAUCUGAAAUUGGAAGAGCAGACUGCUGGCAAUGGAAAUGACUCAACUGGCAAAGAUUUGUCUAAAAAACCUGGUUUUGAUCAUUUCCGGGUUGCUGAAGUUAAUCCUGUGAAGACUAAUGCAAUGAGAAGUUCACUUUGGGAAAUUGAUACGUUACGACACCAUUACUGUCCUCCAGUUUCAAGGUUCGUCUUAUCAUUGGAGAAUGAUUUGACAGUCCGGGCUAAGACAACGGAAGUCGGCAUUAAUGAUUUUAGUUCUGGUUCAUAUGGAACAAUAUUUGGAGAGGAGAUGAGACGAAGGGUGAAGCAGGUGCCCCUUGCAUUUUAUACAGCAACUCCCUCAGCUUUGUUCUCAGAAUCUGAUUUUCCUGGUUGGACUUUCCAUUAUGAAAAUGGGGAGAAAACGGAUGCCAACGAUGAUGAUGGCACAACUAAGAAUGUGAUUGAAGAUCACGCUCACUUAUCUGCGAAACGUCAGCGAGUGGAAUCCUGAUGACUAAAGCUCUCAUCUACCUUCUGCUGUGGUCCCAUGCUUCCAUACCUGGUCAUUGCCGCUGAGGAUUUUUUUGGCGUAAGCUGCAGUUUAGUAACGUAUACCAAUUCUUAAAGAAUUGACCAUUAGAUCCAAAUCUUGUUGUAAAUUAACUUUGAAGGGACGUGAACACAUUGAAAAAUUGUUCGUGUCAUUAUUUUGCUAAUAUUUAUCUUGAUUGAAAUUUUGAAA